AUGACAACGUGUCAUCACGAGUUUGAUACCUCUGAGAGGACCUGCCAAGAGGCAAAGGAAAAUGGCCAUCUGGCCUCCAUCAAAGACGUGGAAGGGGCAGCGAAGCUGUCCAAGUACCUCCGUGAAAACUCGAUACUACACUUUGAUGUCUGGAUCGGAAUGAGGCUUUCAAAGAUAAACAAUAAAUGGGAGUGGAGUGAUGGCUCCAAUGUCACCUACGUAUCCUGGGAAAAAGGACAACCGGACAACUUUUUGAAACUGGAGUUCUGUGCUGUGGUGACAGGAAACUCACGAAAAAUUGUUGAAGAUGAUGGAUUCGAAUGUGAUAAUGAAGAGCUGAUAAAAGCAGUAACACCAGAAGAGGAGUAA